AUGCUCUCUGAGACGCCCUCUCUUCGCAAGUGCGCUCGCGCGCGGCGGAAGCAGUUCUGCGUAGACGACCAGACGGAGAACACAAUUCGGAAACGCAGGCGCAAGCAGCUCUGCGUGAUGGCGGAGGUACUCUGCGUCGACACCCGUGAGGUGCUUCGUAACGCCACGUUGGUAUCGUUGUCCCUGGACGAGCCGAAGUACCGCAAGGUUGUUAGAGAUCGCGCUGACGUGCCUGCCCCUGGCGGCGGCGUCAGGGCUCCAGGCUAUCGCCGCUCUGGCGUGCUCGGCGUCCUCGAUUGCAGGAAGAGCCGCGCAGCGGAGUUCGAGGAGGGCCACGCCGCGACGGCCGCGAAGCAGCUCGGCCGUUUCCUCUCGAAGUUCUGCACGCCACUGGGGCGCGGCCGAAGAAAAGCACUGCCUCUGGCGUGCGAUGAAUCGCUCAAGUCGCAUGUGCUGGAGACCGUCACCAGUACUGCAGCAGCUGGUGCCGCGAAGGAGCGGCGAGCAGUGUUUCUCGCUGCUCGGGAACUCUUCCCAAACCUCCUGAUAGUGAUACGAGGCCCUGCGCAUGCCAUGCGUCUCGCGAGCCAAUCGUCGCAUUGCGACGACGUGUUUGGCGAGGUGCGGCGCGAGUUGUUCGCUAACCGACGCGCUUUGGCGCCAGACAUAAUGAGCAGCGACGCGUGGCGCAACCUAUUCGUGGCCAUUCAAGAGGACAACCUCCCGCCUCUGGCGGAAGCUGGUCUUGGUCGCAAGCCCUUGGAAGCUGUUGUGCGGAGUCUAUCGUUCGCGAAGCAACGGUUCGAUUCCACGGCGGGGCCAGUCGGGGAGAUUGCGCUGAUGUUGUUGCCAGUGGCGACUUUGCUUGCUUGCAUCGCGUCUGACGAACGCCACGGCAGCGAGCAGCGUGAGCGAGCCGCGACUUUGCUGGAAAAGCUGGACACUAAGUUUUGCAUGGUUGUCGGUGCGUCCGCGGAUUGGGGCAUUAUUUGCAAUUGGUUUUUGCGCUUACUCGAUGUUGCCAACCACGACAUCGCGGCAUCGCGUCUGCAGAUCGUUUGCAUGGUGGAGACGCCUGACGCUGUCUUCAAGAAAGGGUUCGGGGAUCUGCCUUGCCUGAAGACGCGCAAGUCCAUUCUCCGAGGCGUGAGGCAGGUAGCCGCGGCGCUCGGUUGCGACGAGGCGGCGGCCGCGCAGCAGUAUCAGGACGCCCCCCCCCCAUUCAUGGUGCAGCAAUUCUCUGCAGGCAAGCCGCUAUCGGAGAAGACCAACCAGGAAGCGUGGGCGCGUUUGCUGGACGACGCCUUCUGGCACGCUGCGUGUCCGAAGCGUUUGGUCGGUGGUUCUCGUGCCCUCCGCCAGCCCAUCCGGUUUUAUAUUUCCAUUGAGGGCGGCGAGUGCGCAGUCGAGCGCGAUUUCGCGUUCUUUCGGAACAAGAUGGUGGAGCAGCGCACGUCAGACGUAGACUUCCUCGACGAUUGCCUCAUCUCCUCUACGGCGCGCUUUGGCCAUUGCAACCCCGCGGGCACGCGCGCGGCCAGUCUGAAGAGGGCCGCUACCAGAGGCGUCCUGCGCCGCGCCACUGUUGGCGUUCUCGCUGCUGCUUGCCUGGCCGCGCAGUGCAAGCUUGCGCUCGUUGCCAGUGCAGCGCUACAUCCUGGCGCAGGCACGGGUCGGAGCACCCGCUGGAGUGACGACUUGCAGAAGUUUCAUCGCCGAUCCGUGCGCAACAUCGCUGGCGUCACGCAGGUUCGGGCGGCGCCAGGCGGCGUUUUUCUCAUGCCUCCGGGCGCUGACCUCGCCGCCUCUCGGGGCGCUCGUUUGGCGCCCGAGGGUCCAUCGCCGCGCAGCCAGGUGGCGGUGCUCGCUGCCCCUGGUGCGAUUGGGGAGACGCGACUGCGGGGCUCCGGAGAAGUGAAGGGGGCGCACAGAUGCGCGCUGGCAUCUUUGGUUGUUGUCAGGGGUCUCGCAAUUCUUCACGACUCUGCGUCGCUUGCAGCUGACGCGGACCUGACAGCAUCGUUCCUGUACAUCGUGGCGCUUCGUUUGGACGUCGUCGCCAGCGUUCAACUGGCUGCUGCUCGUUGCGCUCCAG